AUGGCAUCAGGCUCAGAGGCAUCUAUCGUCCGCAUCGCCGGGGCGGGCUUCCGCCUCUCGCUACUUUUAAAUGCCGCGGCCUGCCAGUUGGCGCAGUCUCGUAUCGAAAUUCACAGCAUCGCCAAAGGCAUUUCACUAUUUGCUUUGACAUUAAAACACCUUGGUCAGGCUUUGGAAGCCAGCGACUUGGACCGCUCCGUCGAGGCCACAGAAAAGGCCUGGGAGAUCGCGGGUCAGGGUCAGAUAGUCUUUGUGGAGAUCGAGCGCAUGCUCGACAAACUACAAGGAACCGACACGGACGAUGACCUGAGAAGAAUCCCGGUACAGGAGCGGCUAAGAUGGUGUUUCAGAAAGCAACAUGUCACCUACCUUCUUGCGCAACUGGAUUCUUUGAAACUGAGUCUCAUCGUCCUACAUCGGAUUCUGCAACUGGGGAACAUGCUCACGCAGGGCAAGAAUAACUCAAACGCUAGCUCUCCCGUACUAGGAACUGAGGACCUUAUUGCCCAGGAAAAGGCAGAAGCCCAGAAUAUGAUUAUCGUCAGGUAUUGGUCUGUCAAGCGUCUUGAUCGUCUUUGGGAUAUGGUCGAACAUGAAGCAUCCGAGGCGGCAAACGAUCCGACAAGUCAAAAGAUUCACUUCAACUAUUCCAAUACUCUGUCGGCUCUAAAACCACUGGUUGCAGCCACUAAAGGGAAUGAUCCUACCAAGUUACACAUGGUGACUUUGGGCGACAGCGAAGUUGGACUGAAGGAUCUAGAACGGUCGCCAAAGGAUAUGGUUCACCUUUCGGAAAAAGCUAUGAACUGUCUUCUACGGGCAUGGGUACCGUCAUUAGAUCCAUCGAAACUACAUGAUCCUGAUCUCGAUUCUGGCAGGCCCAUCGCCCCUCGAGCCUUCGUCUCGUCAGACAAAGAUGGCGACUUGGAGGAGUUGAACUUCGACGAGGAAAAUCGUGGCUACUACCUGGAGGGGACGACCGAUGACUGGCGAAAGCCUCAUUCGCAGGAAGCCCGGGCUCAUGCUGCGCAACUUCGCAACCGUUACUCGAAUUACCAGGCCCACGUAGAUAGCGACUCUGAAUCUGAUGAGCCUAUUCGACGUGAAUCCAAACCGGCUAGUCCAGUUAGCCCAACAAGUCAACGAUUCAGCACCUCGAGUGAUGAAGCCGAGCAAAGGAAUAACGGUACAAAGCAACCUCCGAAGAACGUAACUUUCAGUGACGGCCGGAAGCACUCCAACAGUGUUUCCUCACGGUACCCACCUAGCCAGUUCCCUGACGGCCGAACAGCUGCAUACUCCAGCAGUAGCUUCCCACCACCACCACCACCGCCUCCUCCAGGCCCACCCUCAUCUCGUCCCCAGGGCCCGCCACAUGUACAAAGCCAGUCCAUCCCGAACUAUAUCCCGGGACAUCCUCAACAAUCAUCCCUAUCACAGCCCUUCCAGCAAGCAUAUCGCUCUCACCCGAGCCAAGAAUAUAACAGCGCCCCGCGCUCCAUACCCAACAGCAAUCAACCCAACCAGUCGAACGGAUUACCAAUCCCAUCACCACGGGGGACACCCCCGGGUUCGAGUCAAUAUGACUUUUAUGGCCGACCUCAACCAUACAACAAUAACAUGCUCCAACCACGACACCAUAAAUCCGCAUACGGUCUCUCCACUUCAUCGCCCGAGUCUAAUUUCCGACCCUCCCCGCCUCGCUCGGGACAGCGAUCUCCAACGCAUGGCCACCAUCAUAGAUCCUCACGUGAAGAUGGUCGGCGCGAGGAUCCUCGGGAGCGAGACAGGCAGCGGAAUUUAACUCGGAACGCGACUCGGGGCUUAGCGGGGAUCGGAGCGAUCGCUGGAUUUAUGGAUGCGCUUGAAGCAUUCUCAAUUUAA